AUAAAACUCUUUUCUAGUCCAAAUUACGAUAGCUGAUUUUUAACCACCUUGUUGGUAUCCACGUUUACUGUCAGUGUCACAAUAAUUACUGGGUUUACUGGUUGGUGAUUGGUCCAUUUGUCUUCAUAUUUUUUUCUUUUUGUUAGGUUUGCCAAUAAAAUAAAAGAGCCGAUUAUUUUAUUUACAAAUUGCAAUCUUCCUAAAUUGAAGUUUCGUACAAAAAUUUAAGCUGUCAAAAUAGAUCGUGGUUUUAUUUCUAAUAAUUUCUAUUUUAUCGAUUAGUUAGGACAAUGAUUAAACUUUUUUCAUUAAAACAACAAAAGAAAGAUGAGGAAGGCUCAGCAAGAGCAGGAGGUUCACAGAAAAAAGCGUCAGCCGCUCAGUUGCGGAUUACAAAAGAUUUGAAUGAAUUGAAUUUGCCCAAGACAUGCAAUACAGAGUUUCCAGACCCAGAUGAUUUACUUAAUUUCAAACUAAUCAUAUGCCCUGAUGAAGGAUUUUAUAGAGGAGGGAGAUUCAUAUUUAGUUUUAAGGUAGGACCAAACUAUCCUCAUGAGCCUCCAAAAGUGAAGUGUGAAACAGCAGUAUACCAUCCGAACAUAGAUUUGGAGGGCAAUGUGUGUUUGAACAUCUUAAGAGAAGACUGGAAACCUGUGCUUACUGUCAACUCUAUAGUUUAUGGACUCCAGUAUUUAUUCUUGGAACCAAAUCCCGAGGACCCUCUAAACAAGGAGGCUGCGGACGAGCUGCAAAGUAACAGGAGGUUGUUCGAGCAACACGUGCAGAGAGCGAUGCGAGGCGGGUACGUCGGCUCUUCCUACUUCGAGAGAUGCCUCAAAUGAAAUCGCAACACAACUGUAAAUUAAUGCUACCAACCCUAUAUAAAUAAAACAAUCUCACUUUAAA